AUGGCUCUAGGAAAGACCUCCACUGCUCAGUGCUUCUUCAUUAAGAUCAUCACUUCCUUCAUUGGACGUGCUGGAAAGGCUUCUGGGAGGAGCAAGAGACAGGCCCCCAUUUCUGCUGAAACCAUCUUGAUCUCUGAUUCUGAGAAGGAACCUACUCCACCCCCCAAAUCGACACCCAUGACACAAAAGUCAUAUGUUGCUAUGUUGAUGGGAGGCCAUACCCUGAGGAGUGUGAGGUCCAAAUGGAACAGGGAAACAAGCAAUGACAGCAACCAGCAUGCUGUUCAAUUCCAGGAUGAGAUGGUGGUGGAAAAGGGAAGGCAAGUGGUGAGAGCGGCACCUUUGACUCUGAAGAAAAACCGGUCCCGCUUUGAGGACAAGUCAGCCAAGUACAUGUCUCUACAGCAUGUUCUGAACUGCAGGAUUGAUCAUUCAUCUGUCAGUCCAUCACCCAAGAAAUGGUCAAAGGUGGUGAUCAUCUCCUUCAAUGAGGAGAAUGAUGACUCUGAGUCUGAGGUCUGUGGAGAGGAUGAGCCAGCCAUUGACUUUAUACAGAGACAGAGAGAUAAGAAUCCAAUGUUUGCCCUCAUGGCUAAUCUGACUGAUCAGAGAAAUCAGCUGGACCAUGAGAUGGAGAGGAUUACCAUGCAAUCAUUGCAGAAGAAACGAUUUGUCAAGGACUUCAUUGAUAAUGAAGCAGAGGAAGUUCAUGAAGAUGUUGAUGAUGGAUGCAUAUUUGAGGCUGAAAUCAUGCAGCACCAUAGCGGUGAUGUGAUGGUGUCUCAUACUUCAUGUGUCAACAGAGUUUCCAACACUUCUAAGGCCACAAUUGAGGACAAGGAUGAACAUAAGGACAGGGAGAUUGGCAAGCCUGGCAAGAAGGUCAUCAAGCCACAAUCAGUCCACAAGGAGUUGGUCUUUGAAUUUAUGGUGAACAUUGAGGUCGAAAGGAACAAAACUCCUCUGGUGUCGCUCGAUCAGUCCAUGUGCAAUAAUUCGCUGAAGGAUACUUACGCAAACAUCCCUUAUACUCUAAAGGUUCUUGUAGACGGCAUUAUGCUAACACCGAUUUCAAUGACUGACGCAUUAAGAAUCACCAAAACUCUGGUUUACAUUCGGGCUGUCUGCAUGACCUUUGGUAUAGUGCAAAAAAGCUAUCUAAUGAAGCCUCAUACUUUUACCUCUCCAGUCAAGGAAGAGAUGCAGAUCAAGGAGCUUGACAUCGUUCCCAUAUGCCAAGAAUGGGAGCUUGCACAGGGAUUCUAUGAUGGAGAUGGAACUAUGGCCAAGAAUGUUCAAUUCAACGCAUAUGGAAAUGUUGCAUUCAGCACACACAUCUCUCAUGUGGACUCCAACAACAUACCAUCUGGCUAUAGUGCCAGGCUCAAGAAACUGCUUGGAGAAUCUGCCACAUCUCCCAGAAAAGCUAAACUGUUCAUGCCAUCUUCAUCAUCAGAAGUGUUACCUCUUUUUCCAAAGCCCACGCCUGCCAAUCUUAUGGUUGGUGACAGGAUUCCGGUCUUUGACUGCACUGACUACUUCCAGCAUACAGCAUAA